CGACUCUCUACGAAUGAAUGAAUGAGUAAAAGGGAGAAUGAAUAAAACAAGGGUUUUCUCUCACUUCACUUCACUCUUGUUCUCAACCUCCUCGUUCUCUCCGCUCUUGCCUCGCUCCUUCAGCAACUCUCUCUGUCUCUCUCUCUCUCUCUCUCUGUUAAUCAUGUCAACCUUGUCAACUGUGAAGUUCUCCCCAAAUUGCGAGUUCCGAGUUUCAUGCCAAAACCAACUCACCAGUGCUGUAGUUAAGUCCCCAUCCUCAGUUGAAUUUGUGAGGAGUGUUCCCAAAACAUGUGGCUUGAAGUCAUCACUCUCGUUUAGGACAACUACCAUGGCUGCAUACAAGAUUAAGUUGAUUGGUCCUGAUGGACAAGAGAACGAGUUUGAGGCCCCUGAUGAUAGCUACAUCCUAGAUGCAGCGGAGAAUGCUGGAAUUGAGCUCCCUUAUUCAUGCCGAGCUGGAGCAUGCUCUACCUGUGCUGGGAAGAUAGUAUCUGGUUCGGUGGACCAGUCUGAUGGCUCAUUCCUCGAUGACAAUCAAAUGAAGGGAGGUUAUGUUCUUACCUGUGUCUCCUAUCCAACUUCAGAUUGUGUAAUUCAUACUCACAAGGAAGCCGAUCUCUAUUGAGACGAAGAAAAUGGAGCUGUCUGGAGUAAACUUUGGAUUUUAAGGAGACCUCGAGGCCAACCGACUUUGUUCUUUCCUAUUUUCCCAUCGUUGUUUGUUCCAGGCACGUUCAAUGGUUGUUAGCAAGUUGCUUAAAAUUAUGUUAUGUGAUUGGCAGUGAUUUAGGACUGUUGAAUUAUGCUUUUUUUCGUGCUAGGAACCAUUUUGAUUUUAAGAUUAUAAGCUUUUUCGCUAGACAUUAUUUCAUUGAGACGAUGUUGCUUUCUUGAAACGAUGGCACUUUUUAAGUUUUA